AUGAUUAUCAGAAUCUUGGUCAUAUUUUUAAUUACGUUCAUACCAAUCAAAUGUAUUCCUUGCAUAGAGAAUCCAACUUGCAAUUGUUCAUCAAUAGAUCCGAUGCAAAUAAAUGCAGUUUGUGAUGGUAAGAAUAGUACAGGAUUUAACAUCACCAUAAAAUCAAGGAAUGAAGUGAAGAUCAUUUGUAAGGAUUGGAGCGGAUGGGAAAAUUUUUAUUUCAAGAGCAUGCAAAUCAAUUCGAUACUUGAAUAUAUUAGCUUCGAAUACUGUGGAAUAUCGAAAUCACCUACUUUAAAAGACGUGUUGAAACAAUUAGGUGCAAUAGACACAAAAAUCCUCAUAUUUCAAUCUUUUAAAGCUAUUUACGAAAACCUAAAAAGAGAGCAACUUCAUGGAUUUAGAUAUUUGAAAAAAAUAAUUUUAUCUCAUAAUGGUUUAACUAAGAUUCCUAGUGAUUUGUUUAUUAAUAUUCCAUUAUUGGAGCAUAUUGACUUAUCAAAUAAUUCUCUUUCUUUACCCGGUGAUAUUUUUUAUAAGAAUCCGAAGUUAAAACACAUUAAUUUAUUUUAUAGUGGAUUAGAAGAGAUACAUAACGGAACAUUUAAUAAUUUAACAAAUCUGGAAUAUUUAAAUAUUGGUUCAAAUCAUUUGUAUGAAAUCAAAGCUGAAACAUUUGGUCAAUUAGUAUCUUUAAAAUAUUUAGAUCUAUCACAUCACCAAUUGCCAAUAUUUAAUGAAAAUCAAGUUCUGAAAGAAUUGUAUUUAUCGAAUUGUGGCAUUAAACAAUUCUUUAAUGAUUGGUCAACUGGUAACAAUGAGUUAAGAGUUUUAGAUUUGAGUCACAACAUGAUUAGUAACGUAUCGACAUCUUUAUUCACGUUACCGUCACUCAAAAUUAUAGUCGAUCUGAGUUAUAAUAAUAUAAGAAAUUUAAAUUUAAAUCAGAUCGAGGAAAUAGUAUCUAAGUCUAAAGAGGACCGUAAUACUGUUAUUUACAUGCAACACAAUCCUUUAUUAUGUGAUUGUUCUUUUUAUAAUAUUUUACGUUAUCUUGGAGAAAACAUGACCAAAGAUGUUUAUGAUAACUAUAAUAUUACAUUCGGAAAUUUAAUGUGUCCAAACACUGAUGGAAUUAUUGAUAGAGUCAUUAGUAAUCUGCAUUUCGAAAAUUAUACAUGCAGUGAAGACGCAUACUUUAAUACUACUAAACAAUGUCAAUAUCAUUGUCAGUGUAAUAUAAGACUGUCAGACCAUACUCGUAUUUUAAAUUGCUCUUAUGAUAAUAAGAUCGAAUUUGUAAUCGAUAAGUCAAAGUUUAUCUAUCAAAAAGACUAUCCUUUAAUUAUAGAUUUGACAGGAAACUAUUUAACGGAGAUACCAUCAACUGAAUCUUUAUAUCCAAUAAAUGUUACGAUUAAUUCUGAAAUUGUAAAUUCCUUGAAAUCAGUAGCUUGGAAAAGAUUUACUAUAAGUGGGAACCCAAUUAGAUGCAAUUGCGAAAAUCAAGAUCUAAUUAGAUUCCUCGUAUCAAUUCGAGGUCUUAACAACGAUCUUGGAAAUUUAAGAUGUAAAAAUAACGAUGUUUUUAUGAAUACAGUAGCAAUAGAAAAUUUGUGUGAUCAUAAACGAAUUGAUCAUAUAUGGGUACCACUCUUGGCGAUAUUAAUUGGGUGUACUUGUCCUUUUUUGUAUUAUUUUAUUAAAAAACUGGACUUUAAUGUAGAGAGUAGGAGACAAUGGGCUGAUCCUACUAGAGAAGAAUAUGUAGUUACUUAUACUGAUAGAAGAAGUAGUCUAUAA